AUGUCCAACCUUCAGAAGUUCUGGUUAGUCUUUGGACCCUUUACCAUCCCUUUUGACAACGAACUCGCCUACUGUUACCAGUGUAUCUUCGCAGGCCCGAAUACUUACACUGAUAAUGUUGCCUCGGUGGAUGAAUCAGUCCAUUGCCGGCUGCUGCUAGAGUCUGACGAAGAGCCCGGUCCCGAUUUCUUUGAGAAGAUGUCUCGUACUGCGACUGAUCUUCUUGCUGCGUAUGCCAAAGCUAUCGAGAAGGGCGAGGCUGAUGAGUCUAGCUUGCUCUUCUUGCUGCCGAGUAACUAUUAUGAGCAGGACAGUGUUUGA